CUCGCAUUUUUCCGGAAAAAACUCUAAAUCUCGAACGUUUUGAACCGCACAAAAUGGUGCACUUUUGUAAAUUGUGCCAGCUGCUGCACAAAAACCUGGACUUUGUGCAGUGCGAUGAGUCCAACGUUUGGCUGCUGGAAACGGUCUUUCAAGUGAAGAUUACACCGGUGAACGAGCGGGUUGAACCGAUCUGCCGCAAAUGCAUUCGCAAGUACAACAAGGUGAUGAAGGACCUGAAAAAGUCCAACGGAGGACAUCCGGUUUCACGCCACACGUUCACCGAAAACAAGCCGCCAAGCAACGGCAGCGAGACAGAUCCGUUCGUUGGGGCUCAGCCUCCAGCCAGCUCCCAGAUGCUGAUGCAGCGUGGGAACACACGAUUAUCCGACACGCAACAGUACCUCGUCGAAGACGAAAGUAAAGAGAUGAUGUUCACCGGAUCAUCCGAAACCAACGCCAGUCAGAACGGUAGCAACGGAUUUGCCCUGAAUAUCAGUGGCGAUGCAGCCACGGUGUACCGCACGACACUCGGUGAUGUCCACGAGUCGUCGGAGGAUGAUAGCUCUGAUGGCAAGAGUAGUGCUGCCGACGAGGAGGAUGAUGAGGAAGACAGCAGUGAAGAAUCAAGUGAAGAGGACGACGAGGAUGAGGACGAUUGCUGUAGCGAAGAUACGGAUGAUACUAGUUCCAGCUGCAGUACCAGCAGCAGCAGCGAGGAGAGCUCCUCGGAAACCGCCGUAAGUUUGAAGUUAGAAGAGCACGUUGGUCGACCGAACAUUAAGCACGAAACGCCAGCAGCACUGUACAGUUCGUAUCUAGAGGCUCCGCUGAUGCAGAACCUUCCCGAAGGCAGUCUAUUGCAGGCCGGCGAAAUGGAAGAUGAGAAUGCUGCUGCUGUUGUUACCAAUAACGUAAAUGGAACGGUGAUAGAGAAUGAAAAAUCGAUAGCAGAGGAUGAAUUAGAGCCAUUGCAGCUGGCCGAACCACUGGCCACGAUCGAAGAGCAACCAGUAGUCACCGAGGAAUCGCCCAAGAAACCAAGAAAGCGUAAAAAAUCACGAACCGAUGGCUCGACGACGGGACCGCAAACAAAGAACUACGUUUGUCUUGUGUGCCAGAAACGGUUUUCGAAGGCAAUCUAUUUGAAAGUCCACACCCGGACCCACACCGGAGAAAAACCUUACGCUUGCGAUAUUUGCUUCAAGAGCUUCACCCAGGCUUCAAGUUUGAAUACGCACAAACGGCUGCAUUUCAAUGUGAAACCAUUCGAGUGUGAGAUUUGCAAACAGCAGUACACGAGUGCGGGUAACUACAAGGUGCAUCUGCGUACCCACACCCAAGAAAAACCGUACGCCUGCAGCUACUGUGACAAACGUUUUUCCCAGCAUUCGAGUAAAAAGAUGCACGAAAGGGUGCACAGCCAGGAGAAGCCCUAUCCGUGUCAGGUGUGCCUGAAGGCGUUCAGCAAUGUCAGCAAUCUAACAGUGCAUAUGCGUAUCCACCAGGGGCUGAAGCCGUACAAAUGUGAUAAGUGCGAUAAGUGCUUUGCUCAGUCGCAGACCCUAAAAACGCACUAUAUAUCGGCCCACACGGACGUUCGACCGUUUCAGUGCGAUAUGUGUCCAAAGUCAUACGCGACACUCUCGAACCUCAACAACCAUAAGCAUACGCAUCUGGACGAAAAGCCAUUUGCGUGUGAGUCGUGUGGUAAGCGCUUUACCCAAAAGUCCUCCCUCAAAACGCAUCUCCUAUCGCAUAACACUGAAAGGCCAUUCCCAUGCAACGACUGCACCAAGUCCUUCAACACUCAGUCGAUGUUGAACACGCACCGUCGAAAUAUGCACUGCACGGAUCGGCCGUUCGCUUGCACAAAGUGCAGCAAAUCCUACGCGCAAGAAACGAGGCUCCGACAGCAUAUGCUCAGCCACGCUGAAGUCAAACCACAUGCAUGCCAAGAAUGUAACAAAACGUUCACAACCGCGACAAAUCUACGUAUCCACCAGCGUGUGCACUCGGGAGAAAAGCCAUAUCCUUGUCCAACGUGCGGAAAAUGCUUUUCACAGCGAUCGUCGCUAAGAACCCAUGAAAUCCUGCAUUUACCUCCAGAACUGCGACCUGAUACCGUCACUACUGGCUCGCAGCAGUCCAGCAGAACGGGCAGAUCAGGGUCAGGGGCCGGAAAGAAGAGGCGCAGAAAGAUACACGAGUGUGACCAGUGCGGAAAAACAUUCACGGUGCGCGGUCGUUAUUGCAACCAUAUGAAGCAGAUGCAUCCAAGCGAUGCACGAGAGAACGAUGAACAGGACCCGGAGAAUGCCAAUGGCGUUGUCCAUCGUAAGCCUGAUCACGAUAGCGAUAGAUUAGAAAAGAAGGCAAACUCCAAUGUCAGCCCAUCGCAAACGAAAAGUGCGAAAGAUUGUAAUGGUUUAGGUUUGGCUUCAGAUUCUGCUUCCGCGUAUGUUAUCAAUCGCGAUAAUACCCAACUGAACACGGGAUCCAUUCCUACGAAUAGGGAUAUUGUUGAGGAUGGUGCUGGCCACGACGUUGACGACAAUGACAACGAUGACGAUGACGACGAAGACGAUGAGGACGAUGAGGACGAUGACGACGAUGACGACGAAGAAGAAGACGACGACGACGAGGACCAGGACGGUCAUUUCGAGGAGGAGGCGGAGAUGGACAACGGGGAGAAUGUGAAAGUUAGCAAUCCAGGUGUUUCCCUUCAGGAGCAAUUCUAUUACGGACGGAUAUUGUCCGAGCAGAACUGAUCUGCUGAUCAUUACCUACUACGAUAACGGGAUUCCCACUGGUUUUCUUUUUACUCCGUACAUAGUCGCUUUAAAAAGAGCCCUAGUUUUAACGAAAUAGGCCUUAUUCAAAGAUCUCUUAACAACCGAUGACUUAGUUAAGUUUGCAUUAGCCGGCGAAUGUAGCCGGCGUACGCUACGGCCAUUUCGUUCAAAUAUCAAAUAUGUGCAAUGGACUCCGACCCAAAAUUACGCCAACGAAACAUGGGUGGCGAUCAAUUAGUCAACGCUGGUCGAAUGUGCACCUGCCAGCAUUUCCGACGGCGCAUCGUGACCGUGCUAUUGAAACGAUUUAUUUAUUACUUAUUAUAAUUAUUUGAGCAGAGACGAUGAGAUGACGAUUGCCGAAACACGUGUAUCAAAACUAAGCUAUUUGCGUAUUGAAUUGGAAAGAAAUGGCUGGUCAAAACCGUUUAA